AUGAAACCUUCCACAACCCCAACCCACACUCUACCCAACGCCUCCAAGCCAAUACUCACCGUAGCGGCAAUCUUCCUCCUCUGCUUCCUGGGAUGGGUUUUGUUCAUCGGAAACAGGGGAGACCCGAGCUCUGUUUUCCGGGUACCCAAUCCCCGAUCCGACGACGCAAAACGAGAAGUUGAAGCUUGCGAUAUAUUUGACGGAGAGUGGGUUAUGGACAACGAGACAACAAGGCCCUUGUACAGAGAGGAAGACUGUGAGUUCCUAUCGGAGUGGACGACUUGCUUGAGGAACGGAAGGAAGGAUGCUCUGUUUCAGAAGUGGAGGUGGCAGCCGCGCGAGUGCUCAUUGGCCGUGUUCGAUCCGAGGUUGUUGUUGGAGAAACUGAGAGGGAAGAGGAUCAUGUUCGUUGGGGACUCUGUGCAUCUUAACCAGUGGCAAUCUUUGGUCUGCAUGGUCCAGUCGGCUGUUCCUCGGGGCAGCAAGAAGGUGGUGUAUUCUGAUGAGUACACGCAAGCUUUUCAGAUUCAGAUGUACAAUGCAAGCAUAGAGUAUUACUGGGCGCCAUUCCUGGUUGACUCGAACUCCGACCCUCCAACAAUGAGAGACGGCAGAACAGAGUCCAUAGUCAAUCCGGAUUCCAUCUUCUCCAAGCGCGGCGAGGCCUGGAAACAAGCCGACUACCUCAUCUUCAACACCUACGCCUGGUGGCUCAGAUAUCCAACCAUCAAACUACUACGUGGGCCGUCGUCGUUUGCUGACGUGGCACCGGAAUACGACGAGAUCGAACGGCAUCUAGGGUACGCGAGAGCGCUGAGGAGGUGGGGCGAGUGGGUGGAUGAAAAUGUCGAUCCCAAUCGCACCUCUGUUUUCUUCGCUUCCAUGUUCCCUCAACAUCAAUGGAGUCUGGAUUGGAACAACACAGACGGUGUACGAUGCGAGAAGGAGACGAUGCCUUUUCAGAACGUAUCCGUACCACUGAAUGUGCAGACGGAUGUGAGAUUUUAUGGGGUGACAAGCAGAGUCCUGGCGUCGAUGAGAACUCCCGUGAACUUGCUCAACAUAACAGCUCUCUCGGAGCGACGGAAAGACGGCCAUCCUUCCGUUUACGGGACAUACGGCGGUCAAGUGUUGACCUCCGAGCAGAAAACCAAUCCGGCGGCUUAUGCAGAUUGCCUGCAUUGGUGUCUCCCCGGAGUGCCCGACACGUGGAACGAAUUGCUCUACAAUCGGAUCUUGGCCUACUGA